GGUGGUGAUGUAGUGGGUUUAGUUUUAGGUUAUUAGACACUUGUCACUCUAUAUAUAUAGGGGGCGGUUCCCCUAAGAAGCCUAUUUUGCCUAAGUUGCCUAAGAAGCAAUCUACACCAUUUUUUUAAACAACCAAUGGACCAGAUUAGAUCCCUAAUAUUAAACUAGAUAAGUAAACAAAAUAAAACGCGCGGGGGUAUUUUCGCCAUAAACAAAAAAAUAGUACUGGACAAAAAGCAAAGCAGUUAUUGACGAUUCAAAAACAGUUCUUCUUCACUCUCUCUCAAAACUUCCCAAUCGCUAACAAACGUCCCCUAAAAUCGACAAUCAGACAGACGAAAAUCGAACAAACAACAACAAAAACAGCAUCAACGAUGGAUUCAGAGAGUUCUAAGAGAUCUACAAGAAGCCAGAAGCAUAAAGAAACAAAACCUGAUGACGAUUUCGAAGAGCUGUACAAUCCCAAACCACUACAAAUUGUACAACCAGGAGAACCAAUCCCUACUUUUGAUAAUGAACCUUUGCAUCCCAUUCCACUAAAAGUUGUAAGACCAACAAAAAAGGAAUAUUAUAUGAGUCCGAAAUUUUGGAAUGAAGUAGCAAUCUGGGGGCCAAGCUAUACCAAUCAUCCUACUUCUGGUGGUGAACCUUCAGAUCCCAUAAAAGAAGAGAUUGAUGAGAAACCUGAAAUCUCAGUUGUACAACCCAAAAAAGAAGAAGAUGAUGAAAAACAAAAGAUCCCCAUCCUACAACCUAAACAUGAAGAAGAUGAGGAAAAACCUAUAAUCUCAGUCAAGAAUUUUGGAAGGAAGUAGCAAUCUAGCCAGCUCCUGCUAUGAUCAUCAUGUUUAUGUUGUUUGUUUUAGUUUUCUAAUGUUAUCAAUGCUGUUAUGUAUUAUGAUCAUGUUUUUCUGAACCUUAUGUAACAAUGAUGUUUUGAAUUAUAAAAAUCAUGGUUUAUUA